CUGCGGCUGUCGCGGAAAUAAAACGUCAGUGCUACUUCGGCUUUCUUCGCAUUUUGUCGGAGAAAACCGUCACUCACUUACUCCAACGUCUCGCUAGCUUUGAUAAUCCUUUUCUUUUCUUUUCUUUUUUAAAUAACACUUUAACUGUGGUGAUAGAUAAUUUUUUUUAAUGCGUGUAUUUUAACCAUUUGAACAUUUUUGUUUUAUUUAUAACAACGUGCCGGAUUUUUUGUUAGCAUUUUAGCAUCUAAUUACCAGCUAAGAGCUGUAUUAUAGUGGUCAUCACCUACUUUUGUGUGUUAUUUAUUUGUUUAUGUGCUCAAGCUAGUAAUUUAUGUUUGUCCACUUAACUGUGAAUUUUAUUUUUUUCUCCCGUUAACAAAUGCAGCUAUUUCUUAAUAUAAAAUGUGACCUGUGACCGCACAUUGUCGCUGUUUGACAGCUAACUCUGUGUCUCGUCGCUCAUUUCAGAGUAUGUGGGUCUUCUCUCUGAGGCUGUGGGACCGUCAUUUUGUUCUGAAUUUGUUUCCUCUGCGGACUUUGGAUAACACAUCUUCUGAGUGCUUCAGUGAAUAAAACGUGUGCUUGUAGUGGUGAUAGCGGCUUCUUGAAGGAGGUGUGUGUUCAUGCGUGUGUGUGCAUCGAUCAGCUGCAUCAGCAUGUUGCCACCUGUGAAGAAGGACCGGGUUAUUACUCAGCUCCCAAAGUGUUUUAGUGCAAAUGCAGCGCUACACACCAAAGAAGGCUUCCACCCGAACGUGAAGGCUGCAUGCCAGGUCCAGAAAGCAGACACAGUGAGCUUUAAUGUUGCUAAGGUCAUCGUCGUGGGUGAUGUUGCAGUUGGCAAAACGUGUCUGAUCAGCAGGUUCUGUAAGGGUGCGUUUGAGAAGAACUACAAAGCGACUAUAGGGGUGGAUUUUGAGAUGGAGCGCUUUGAGGUGCUUGGUGUUCCCUUCAGUUUACAGCUGUGGGAUACAGCAGGUCAGGAGCGCUUCAAGUGUAUCGCUUCCACCUAUUACAGAGGAGCACAAGCCAUUAUUGUCGUGUUUGACUUAAGCAGUGUGGGCUCACUGGCUCAUGCCAGGCAGUGGCUGGAAGAUGCUAUGAAGGAAAAUGACCCGUCCAGUGUCUUAUUGUUCCUUGUCGGUACCAAGAAGGACCUCAGUUCUCCUGACCUGUUGGCUCAGAUUGAGCAGGAAGCCAUGAGGCUCUCUGAGGAAAUCAAAGCAGAGUACUGGGCCGUGUCUGCAAAGUCAGGAGAUGGUGUGAAGGACUUCUUCUUCCGUGUGGCUUCUUUGACUUUUGAGGCCAAUGUUUUAUCUGAGCUGGAGCGGAGCGGGUCGAGGCAUGUUGGUGACAUAAUCAGGAUCACAGACAGCACAGAGACCAGCCAUAAACCAAAGAAGAAGCCCAACUGCUGCUGAGAUUGGAUGAAUAUCUGCUGGAAAUUUUCUGAAGCAAAACGAAAACGGGACAUGCAACAGGAAAAUUAAGAUAAAAUGCGAACUGUACGGCUCGCUGUGAAUAUCAUGAGUAGAACCCAUGAAAGAAAGGUCACAGUGCUGAUAAUAACCUGAGAAGGAUUCAGCAAUAGGUCAAGAUGUAAAUUCUAAGUGGUUCCUGUAAACAGGCCUGUCAGCUGACUGAUCUGAGCAGUGUAAUCUCAGGAAUGUUUACAGCUGACUGCGGCGACAACAAACCGGCCAUUGUGAUGUCCCUGAUUAUGUAAACGUUUAUGAGAAGAGGAAGAUUAUUCUCCACUACAACCACCAUUAAAUUGCACUUUGUUGAUGCCUUUAAAACAUCUGUUUGAAGGAGCGUUUUUCUCCUGCUGAAAUGUCAGUGAUGGGCUGAAUGCAUUUUUUUAAAAGAAGGGGGGAGUGGGCCUUAGAGGCCUCCUGUCAUGUGUCUCUCUGCUGCUAAUUUGAUGCGUACGCCAACUCCAGUGACCACGGUCACACCCGUUACACAUCCCUCUCCUCUGAGAUAACUGUUCUCAUGAUCUUGAAAAUGGAGGGAUUGUUUGCAGGAAUGGGAAAAAGCAGCAAGCUCAAUCUGCUUCCACUGAAUUUCGUCAGUAAGCCAGACAGCAAGAACGUGGGUGUCUUGGAUAUAUUGUUUUAACUCAUAUUAUACAGAUUCUUUAGGUAUUGAAAUCUUUCCCACACCUCCACAGUGUUGUAAAUAAUAUAAAAGAGGCUAAAUUAAAUUGUUAUCAUCACAUCUCUAACUAUAAACCAAGGUAAAAUUACAUUCUCUAUC